CUACAAUACAUUGAGUCGUCUACAGCUCUGGUUUUAACAAAAAAAAAAAACUAAACUAAUUUACAAAAAAUCCUUAAAUAGAAAAAUGGCUUUCUUUAAAUCCUUGAUCUGCUUGGCUGUUGUGGGUGUUGCCACCGCUGGUGUCUUACAUGGUGGUCAUGGUGGUCCUGCUUUGUAUGCUGCUGCCCCAGCUGUUUAUGGUCAUCAUGGUGGUGCUCACCCCGAUGAGGGUUUGGAUUAUCAUUCUUACCCCAAAUAUCACUACAACUAUGGUGUUGCUGAUUCACAUACCGGUGAUGUCAAAUCUCAACAUGAAGUACGUGAUGGUGAUGUAGUCAAGGGCUCUUACUCUUUGGUUGAACCUGACGGUUCAGUGCGUACUGUUGAAUAUACCGCUGAUGAUCACAAUGGUUUCAACGCAGUCGUUCACAAAACCGCUCCCACCGUACAUGCUCAUGCUCCUGCCGCCGUAGUACAUGCUGCUCCCGCACCAGUCUAUGCUCAUGCUGCACCCACUGCUUAUGCUCAUGCUGGUCCCGCUGUAGCUCAUCAUGUUGCUGCUGCUCCUGCCAUAAACUAUGCCUCUGUGGCGCAUCAUGCUCCAGCUGCUGUCGCUGUUGGUCAUGGUUACGGUGGUUAUGCUGGUCAUGGUGCUCAUGUUUUAGCGAUUUCUCAACCUCAUUUUACCAAAAAAAAAAAGAAAAAACACCAGUGUAAUAUUUUUUUAAGUGUAUUUAAAAAAAUCAAAUAUCCAAAAACAAACAUGUCUACCAUCAGCAAAGUGAUCAUCCUUUUUGUAGCCUUAAGCGCCACCGCUGUUUAUGCACGCCCAGGUUAUGCUGUGGAUUAUUAUGAUCAUCCCAAAUAUGCCUUUAAUUAUGGUGUAGCUGAUCAUACAACAGGUGAUGUCAAAUCUCAGCAUGAAACUCGCGAUGGUGAUGUAGUCAAAGGUCAAUAUUCUUUAGUUGAACCUGAUGGCUCCAUACGUACUGUAGACUAUACCGCUGAUCCCAUUAAUGGUUUCAAUGCUGUAGUUACGAAAUCAGGACCCACAGUGCAUGCAGUAGCCAAGCCAGUAGCUAUAGCACCCAAACCAAUAGUAGCCUAUCAACCAGUAGUUAAACAUGUGGCACCUGCUCCCGUGGUAGUAGCCUCUCCAGCUCCUUAUGGCAUUGACACAUAUCGUAUGUUGAAACUAUUUCGACGUCAUGCCAACUACAAUAAUGGUCAAAUGCUUAAAUUACGUCCCGAUAAUGAGCAGCAGGCUGAGGGUGUUGUUUACGACGACGAUUAUAGUGAUUAUGGCCAAGGCAUAGAUAAAUCGGAUUAUCAAGGAGAUUAUGAACAGAAUUACUGAUUUGUUCAUCAAUGUUAAAGUUUUUGUUUUUUUUUUAAUUUUAAAUAAAGUUAUUUAAACUCCAAAAAAAAAAUCAUAACAGAAUUAAAACUAAAUCCAAGGAUACCUACCAAUCACAAUGUUAGGCGAUCAUGUCAGUAUGAAUAUUUGGUGUUUUUUGUAACAUCAAUGUUGUUUUCAAAUUUAUGCAUCAAAUAUUGAUCAAUAACCAU